AUGAACCAUUAUGCCACUAAGAAGAGUACAGCUCAGAGCAUGCUUGACAUAGCUCUACUAAUGGCCAACUCCUCUCAGCUAAAGAGGCACUGCAGGCCUGAGUAAUGAUUCCAUCUCAUUGCACUCAUCAUUCUGUCUCUCAUACUCCAGGUCAUUGCUGGCCUCCUUCUGAUCUUCAUUGUGAAACAUAACCUGAAUGAUGAAAGGAAGCAACCUAAACUGAACAUGUUAAACAAUGUGGCUACAGUUUUCAUCUAAAUUACUCUCAUCAUUGCCUUGGGCUUUGAUUCUGGUCAGUGACGGUGCACAAUUUUUUGUUGGUUAUUUCCAAAUGUAGAUCUUUAUUAAUAGUGGAAUCUAUAAUUUAGGAUAAUGCAUGUAUAUGUUAGCAGUGUAUAACAGUAAAAUAUGUUAAUUUGUGAGGUGCCAUGCAGCUCAUAAACUGGGUGCAUCCAUUUGUGUUAUGUACUGUCUCCACAUAUUGCUCUGCUUACCUAUUGCUAUGUCACUUUUGUUCACUUUUAGGAGUUAUUUAAUGGAUGCUGCCAGUCCUCAAAUGGACUCUUCUGGGGAUGAUUAAAUUAUAUUCAAACAUUA